CAGAGGGUGUCACCACCCAAGCUCAGAGCAUUUGGGGAGAUUAGGCCUUGCUGUCCGGCUGCUCCUUUUUCUUGGUUGCCAUCAUGUCUUUGACCUCAGCCUACCAGCAUAAAUUAGCAGAGAAACUCACUAUCCUGAACGACCGAGGCCAGGGGGUUCUCAUCCGUAUGUACAACAUCAAGAAGACUUGUUCAGACCCCAAAUCCAAACCACCUUUCUUACUGGAAAAGUCCAUGGAAUCGUGUCUCAAGUACAUCAAUAAGAAAUUUCCCAACAUAGAUGUCCGAAACAGUACGCAACAUUUAGGACCAGUUCAUCGUGAAAAAACUGAGAUAAUUAGAUUCCUCAUCAACUAUUACCAGUCAUUUGUGGAUGUCAUGGAAUUUCGGGAUCAUGUAUAUGAACUUCUCAACACCAUUGAUGCCUGCCAGUGCCAUUUCGAUAUUAAUCUCAACUUUGACUUCACUCGGAGUUACCUGGACUUGAUUGUGACUUACACCUCAGUCAUUUUACUUCUGUCACGGAUCGAGGACCGACGGAUACUUAUUGGCAUGUACAACUGUGCCCAUGAGAUGCUGCAUGGUCAUAGUGAUCCCAGUUUUGCUCGUCUGGGCCAGAUGGUCUUAGAGUAUGACCACCCUCUGAAGAAGCUGACAGAAGAGUUUGGGCCUCAUACAAAGGCGGUGAGUGGAGCCCUCCUGUCUUUGCACUUCCUCUUUGUCCGAAGGAACCAGGGGGCAGAGCAGUGGCGCAGCGCUCAGCUUCUAAGUCUCAUCAGCUCCCCCCCAGCCAUGAUUAACCCUGCUAAUUCAGACACAAUGGCCUGUGAGUAUCUGUCUGUGGAAGUGAUGGAGCGAUGGAUUAUAAUUGGGUUUCUUCUUUGUCACGGGUGCCUCAACUCCAAUAGCCAGUGCCAGAAGCUGUGGAAGCUGUGUCUGCAGGGCUCCCUAUACAUCACUCUCAUCCGAGAGGAUGUGCUACAGGUGCACAAAGUCACCGAGGACCUGUUUAGUAGUUUGAAAGGGUGAGAGACGUGAGAACCAAAUUGAUCUUCUGGGACAUUUAGCCUUUCCUAACGUUCUUCUUUGUUUUCUGUAAGUUUCCUGGAGUAUGGGUGGUAAAGGGUUAAUUCUAACUAUUAAAUAUUUAUCAAAUACCUAUUAUUUGCUAAGUGCUUCACUGGAUUUUAGGAAUGUAGUGAUUAAUUAGAUAGCAUAGAGGUUAAGAGCAUAAACUCUGAACUCAGACUUCCUGGGUUUGAAUUCAAGUUCUACCACUUACUAGCCAUGUGCCCUUGGGCAAGAACCUGGUGCAUCAUGAAUACUAUGUGCUUAUUAAAAAAAACCCCAAAACCAAAAAGAGUCUCAAGUGGCAUACACCUGAAAUCCCAGAGCUUGGGCAGGAUGAGUCAGGAGAAUUACAAGUUCAAAGCCAGCCUGGGCUACAUAGUAAGAUGCUGUCUCAAAAAAAUAAAAAGUUUAAAAAGGAGAGUCUCUACCUUGAGAAGUUUGCAAAUUGGUGGAAAAUAGACAAACUGUUGUGAUAGAGUAAAGGGUCGUGGUUUGUAAAGUCUAAGUGCUGUGGGAGCAUUCAUAAGAACACUUAAAAAGGUGAAAGAUUUACGUGAUGUGCAGAGAAGCCAGAGUAUUAACAGGACCCUUAAACUAGCCUUGCAAGAUACAGAAAAACCUGGAGAUAGGUAGAAAAAAAAAUA